CUCUCUUCCACCGGCAAAAAUGCUCAUCAGAAUCAACACCGCCCAGUUCCUCAUUGUCUUGGCGCUGCUGCUGCUGCUCUUGUUCUCAUCCUGGAGAAGGCUCAAGCCCCAGGAAGGAGUCUCGGCUCCCACCCAGACCCAUGUGCUGAUCCUUUCCAGCUGGCGCUCCGGCUCGACCUUCGCAGGGCAGCUCUUCAGCCAGAACCCCUCGGUCUUCUACAUGAUGGAGCCAGCCAAGCACGUGUGGCAUCGCCUGCCCUGGGGCAGCCCCGAACUCCUCCAGGGGCCCCUGAGGGACUUGCUGCGCUCCGUCUUCCUCUGUGACAUGGGGGCCCUCCUUGCCUACAUUGAGGAGCCCAGCAUGGUCUACCAGCUCUUCAUGUGGCCCAUGAGCAGGGCGCUCUGCUCCCCUCCGGCCUGCGAGGCCUUCCGACGCUCUGACAUCAUCGGGGUGAAGGAGUGCGAGUCCCGCUGUGGCCAAAUGCCCUUUGAGAAGAUUUCUGAGGCCUGUGCCACCUACAGCCACGUGGUGGUGAAAGCCAUCCGCUUCUUCCAGAUGGAAGCGCUUUACCCACUCCUGACAGAUCCCUCCCUCCGCCUCCGGGUGAUCCACUUGGUCAGGGACCCUCGUGCCGUGUACGCAUCCCGCCAAGCCGUGUCUCUUCACCCCGAUGACCUGGUCAUCGGCAACGCCAUCAACGGCACUCCCAGCACCCUCGGAGUCAUGCACAGGGUCUGCCGCGCCCAGGCCGAAAUGUACCUCACGGCCUUGCACCGCAUGCCUCCGGCCUUGAGGGGGCGAUACCUCCUGACACGGUAUGAAGACCUGGUGAGGGACCCUCUGGAGCACCUGGCCAAGUGGUACCAGUUCACCGGCCUGACUUCCUCCCAUAGGCUUGAGUCCUGGGUCUAUAACAUAACUCACUGGUCCACCGCCGACAGUGACCAGAAGCCUGGAAUCUCCAGUGUGGACCCCUUGGAGAUACAGAAAAAUGCCAAGGUGGCUUCCCAAGCUUGGAGGAAGCACCUCAGCUUCCAGGAGGUGCAAGACGUUCAAAGCAUCUGCAAGGAAGCCAUGGAAGUCUUUGGCUACAAGCCAGCUACAUCAGAGGAGGAGCAGAGAGAUUUGACAAAAGACCUUGUCCUUCCCAGGGGAAAAAAUUAAGUCCCAUGCAGAUGGGCUAUAAUGCAAGGGAGAAGAGGAAGGGUGAAGUGGAACAUAGCCACAGCCUCACCUUACACUGGGGGGGAGGGGAUCUCUGGAGAUAUUUGCCCAAAGAAUGCCCACUAUAUUCUACAAUGUUAACGUGCUGCAAUCUGUCCUCCAAUUUCCUCUGAAGUUUUAUUCCUCUGUGAAAGAGGUUCUAACUGAUUCUCACGGCACGUGCAAAUUCCAUUCGUAUUUUGGUGGGUGCGGGAUUUUCAGGGUACCUUGUUGUUGGGAGGUGGGUGGCUGAGGGUGGUGUGUGUUUUCCCCCCCUUCUGUUUCUCCAGCACUUGCAGCCACCCUGGCUGGCUGCACUUCCUAAUCUAAAAAAGCCCCUCCACCCUGGCCUUUCAACUAAAACACAAACACCUGGGAAGGCUGCCGAACACAGAACGGUGAUGCGAUGAUUUGCAGAAUAGGAGAAAGAACAUUGGCAAACACCCCUUGGUCAUCUCAGAAGGAAGGUAAGCACAGGGUGAGGAAGUGAGAACUUGUCUCCCGUCAUAAAGACUUCACCAAAUUCUUCUCUCCCUUCCAAUCAUUUUCAGACAUAAGUUCUCAUCUCAUUAAUUGAUGGAGAACGGUUGAAAAUACAGAUUUUUU